CUUCAUCCUCAGGGCGGCUGGGAUGAGCCUCUUGGGGGAAAGGAAGCCAAGACAAGGUGCCCUGUCCCUGCAGGGUGACCGUGCUGGCCCUGUGCCCCCUCCCUGAGCUGCACAGGGACAUUGCUGGCUGAGCACCACUGUGCGGCCUGAGUCCAUCCGGGUCCUUCUGUCCCUUCCUCCUCCCUAUCAGCCGUGGGGGCAGGUCCUACAGGCCGACGUGGGGGCCAGCCUGCUGUGUUCACCUAAGCUGAAGCUAAGACGUUGGCCACCAAACGUGGAGGUGCAAGGCCAGCUAGCGUGUGCUCUAGACUUCACUGCACAGCGCAGGGGGCCUAAGUUCCCACCUAAGUGGGGCUGUGGUAGCUCAUGCCUGUCAUCCCAUCCCGCACUUGGAAGGUGGAGGCUGGAGGGUCAGGAGUUCAAGGUCAGCCUCAGCUACAUAUUGAAUGUGAGGCCAGCCUGGGCUACAUGAGAACCUAUCUGAACUUCCUCUUCCAAAGGUCCCCACCAUGAAGAAACCCAAGCCUAGCACAGAUCCUGCCAGACCCCAGAACUCAGGGUCACUCUCUGCUGUUCCCGAUUCUUCCAGCCAAGUCUAGUACACAGUAGGAGCUCAAUAAAUGCAACAAAGUCAGCCAAACCCAGAGCUCUCCAAAGGAUCAGCCUUCCUCAUUUCAUGAUGGGGAAACUGAGGUCAAGGGUCAAGGUGCUUGCCCGAGGUUACCUGGCCAGGGGCAGAUGGGUAGGCAAGGCUGGCACUUCCAGGUGACUGUGUCCCCUGAGAUGGUCUGGGGGGCAGUCACACAUGAUGUCUGUGUUCAGCCCGGCCGGGGCCAGGUGAAUUAGGAAGGUGUUGGGCGAGUCUGGGCUGACAAAACGAUCUUCUGGGCUUUCACCAGCCACGAUAUUGGGGACAGGGGACAGUCGAAUUGCCUUCCCUGUUUCCUAGAAAUGCCAGCUCCACCUCCUGACCACAGACCACAGCCUUGUUCCUACUUUGGGGCUGGACGGUUGGUGAGGGUGCCUCCGUCAUCCGCAGACCUUGCCAGGGAGCUGCCGUCCUGCUGCUGCCAUGGCGCCAGGGACUGGACGCUGGGGCUGCCUGGUGUUGGAGGUGGCCGCUGCCCUGACACAGCUCACGAGGCCCCCUGGUUGCUGUGGAUCCCGGAUUAUCGGGGGCCAUGAAGUGACACCACAUUCCCGGCCCUACAUGGUCUCUGUGAGCUUCGAGGGCCGUCACCACUGCGGAGGCUUUCUGCUCCACGUCUGCUGGGUAGUGUCAGCUGCCCACUGCUUCAGAGACAGGGACCUGUCCACUGGCCUGGUGGUGCUCGGGACCCACGCACUGCUCAAAGUGGAGCCCACACGACAGGUUUUUAGCAUUGCAGCUCUUGUCCAGCAUCCCAGUUACCAGCCAGCCACACAGGCCAACCACAUCUGCCUGCUAAGGCUGAACGGCUCGGCCUUCCUCGGCCCGGCUGUCCGCCUACUGCGCUUGCCACGGAGAGGGGCCAGGCCACCCUUGUGGGGACGCGGUGCCGUGGUGUCCGGCUGGGGCUUCACGUCUGACUUUGAGGAGCCUCCACGGGCGCUGAUGGAAGCCGAGGUGCGCGUGCUGGACCUGAGCGUCUGCAACCGCUCCUGGCAGGGCCAGCUGAGUCCUGCCAUGCUCUGCACCCGCAGCGGGGACCGCCGGCGGCGUGGCUUCUGCUCGGCAGACUCUGGGGGGCCCUUGGUCUGUGGGAGCCGGGCCCACGGCCUUGUCUCCUUCUCAGGCCUCUGGUGUGGUGACCCCAAGACCCCGGAUGUCUACACCCAAGUGUCGGCUUUUGUGGCCUGGAUCUGGGACGUGGUUCGGAGAAGUUCCUCCCCUUGCUCUGUGAGGGAUGUUUGAAUCUCGGCCCCCUACUGGGGCUGAGAUGGAUGGCAACUUGCAUCCAUUGGCUAGGAUCUGGAAUAUUCCACGGCUUGGCUGGAGACCGCGGAGCACCUGGCAUCCAUACAAAAUGAAGAGCUGUACUGAAGGCUCACAAGACACAGGGCUUAUGGCUCCAUGUGUGGCCAGUGUCACUGAGGGGCCCUCAACCCUGCACUCACCCUCUAGGCCAAGACCCUUCCACAGCCGAGAUCACCCACUCCCACACCACAGGUCCCCAUUCCAGCUGGCUCCCGGCCUUUGUACCUGCUCUGUCCCCUUAUGGAUUGCAGACUAACCCUGCUAACACACAGGCAGGGACCAACAUGCACAGUGAGGACAAAAAAUAAAAUAAAACAAAAUGGUCACUCCA